AUGGCGCCGCCAGUAGAGAAAACACAUUUCUCCACCGACACCUCUGAGGAAUUCCCACGGCCCCUUCGGUGGCUGCAGCCCACCCUGAGCCUCGGCUCAGCCCUCGCAGGCGCUGUCCUCGGUGUUGAGGGGGCCCCAGCUCUCACUCCCGAGUGGCCCUCACCUGCUUCUUCUGUCCGGGUGGCCUCUCCUUCCGUGUCCCGGCGCUUUGCGCCCCUAGCCUCCCCGCGCGGAGACGAGAGUGGGGGCCCCCAGCUGACUGUCGCGCCCGCUGCAGGUCCUGCUGCGCCCCCCGCGCCGCGCUUCCCCGACAUCUACGGCGGCGACGCGCAGCUCUGGGAGGCGCAUUUCCGCGGCAUCGGGCGCGCCUACCGCGCGCUGGGCAAGGAGGACGACUUCGCCAUCCGCGUGCUCACGGAGGACUUCACCCUGCCCUUCCCGUUCGCCUGGCCGCCGGGGCCCGAUCCGGCCACCGGGCCGCUCUUCUACGACCCGCGGGACCGCGCGGGCUUCGACUUUCUGCUGCGCGGCCCCGGUGCGCCGCCCCCCGCACUGCUGCGACCCCUGCACGCCACGGCGCAGGCGGCCGAGCGCAAGCGACGUCUGGAGCGCCUGGCGCUGAGCUACGCCGGUGCGGGCCGCCCCCCUGGCUUGGUGCUGCUGGCGCCUGCUGGUGCCUUCCCACCCGAGGCGGGCCGUCCUGCUUGGCGCGCCCUGGGCCGCGACAGCGAAUAAAGCCUCUGCCUCUCCUGUCUCCUUGCCCAGCACCUUGCGCCAGGGAAGCCGAGGAAGGGGUGCACCGGACACGAUGCCUGCACGAACUCAACCGUCUAGUGAGUCUGUGAGCCAGAUGGAAAAGGUGACCCAGGCAGGCUACGAGAGGGAGAAGAGAGAGCCAGGGAAGGUGGGAGAUCAGGUCCACCACUCCGGUGUUGGCACUCCCAUGAAGCACUAGGAUGGGUAGUUAUGACCUCACCUGGCAGAUAGGAAGGCGAGGACAGCCUGGCCUCCAAGGAGUAGCUGGAUGCUGGCUGUCCUUCACCUCACUCCAAGAGCCACAGCGUCUCUGGUUUCCAUGACAGCUGCUAGAGAUGCACAGGACGUGGAGAGUAUGUGAGAGGCAGUGUCAGGAAGGAGUUCUGACAGCCUCCAACCUGCCUUCCUCUCUAUCCCCUCUAUCUCCCUUGAAAAUCUGAGAGGAUUUCCUGGAAUGGGGCACAUACGACCAGGGCUGUCAACUUGUCCCUUUCUAGAUUAUAAACUCCAGGCAGGAGUCUGUGUGAAUAAUAAGUGGGCUGCAGGGAAGGACUGCCUAGCCCUGGUGGCUUCUCUAA